AUGCACGAGGCAAGAGAGGACUCCGGGCCGGGGCCGCGGGGAACGACAUCGGUGGCUACGGCGGCUUCGUCUGACACCGACGAUUAUAUGAUCGAGUCUGCAGAGUUUGAUGAUGGGGCCAUUGCCCCACCGGCCCCGUGCACGCCAGGAGGGACCCGGCUACCGGCCGGCCCUCCUCCACCGGUCGCUGUGCAGAGCUGGCGUCCUAUCAGCCAGCAAGUCUCAUCGGCAGUAGCCGGGGUGAUGAUGCAGCAAGGCUUUGAGGUUCAGCGGGCCUUGACCCUUUUUCAAGGAGACUGGAGGAUGAUUGGGGACAGCCUUCGCAUAGAUAUCUCCUUCUUGGGAGAUGAGACGGCCAGGCACCCGAACACACUUCACUUCAGUGACUCUGGUGGGCCGAGUGGUGAUAAUGAGGACGAGCCUACGGGUGAGGACCGCAACGGGCGCCACGCGCAUGUUGCCGCGGCUGCUGAGGAGACUGCACUGACGCAGGACCUGUAUGAUACCAGCGGAGGCGUACAGGCUGGCCGGCUGGCCUCUGUCUUAACACGGGGCGAUGAGGUCCUGGUGAUGCUUGGUCCGGUGCCAGGACCAAGGGCGGCUCCAAGCACGCCUCCUGAAUUCCUGGCAGGUGCAGCAGCUUCCGAUGCUUCCGAUGCCCAAUUCCUCUCCCAUACUUCUGCCCACCCCGUGACCUCCGACUGCCUUGGCAUCAGCGUUGACAACAGCCUCGACUAUGACGUUGGCGGCGACCGACGAGGCGCCUACGGGCCUACGGCGGGGGUCGGGGAGACGAUCCACGACUAUGACACCCACGGCACCGACGGCAUGGGCACUGGCUCUACUGGCUCAGCUUCCUCUUCGACGGCCCACCCUAGCACGGGGGCGACGACGUAG